AUGGAGAAGGUCCAAUACAUAACCCGCUCCGCUCUGAGGAGAGCCUCAACUAUUGAGGUCAACCCACAAGCACGCCAAAGGCUCCAAGAGCUCUUUGUGAAUUUCUGCCUGAUUUUAAUUUGCCUCUUGCUGAUCUGUAUCAUUGUGAUGCUCCUCUGAAGUUCCAGCACUUCUCUGCACUGUCCUCUAGGAAAGUCACCCCAGAGGGAAGACAGACCUACACCUGCAACUCCCAAUGCAAGGAUCCUCUUGUGAGAGGGGCUAGCACUUGGACUAGAGCUGUAUGCCAACCAUCGCACUAUUCUCUU